AUGGAGACGCCCCCCCCGGUCACUCCCGCUCCCCCCCGGGACGCGGCUCUGGCUGUGGCUGAAGUCUCGGUGCUCUCCCUCCUCUUCCUCCUGGCUGUCACCAGCAACCUCCUGGUGCUGUUCGCGCUUCGCCCCCCUCCCCGCGCCCCCCGCGGCCCCGGGCAGCCCCCGGCCCGCCCGGCGCGGCCGCUCCGCCGCUACCUGCGGCACCUGAGCCUGGCGGACCUGGCGGCGGCGGCGGGGCUGGUGCUGCCGCAGCUGCUCUGGGACCUCACGGACCGGUUCCGCGGCCCCGACCCGCUCUGCCGCCUCACCAAGUACCUGCAGGGCGUCGCCAUGUUCGCCUCGGCCUACGUGGCCGUGGCCAUGGCGUGGGACCGGCACCGGGCCAUCUGCCGGCCCUUGGGGACAGCGCGGGGGACAAUGCCCACCAGGUGCCUGUCACAGGCCACCUUGGGGGGUUCCUGGGCCACCAUGGGGGACUCUGGGACCACCAUGAAGAGGAACCGGGCCACCACGGGGGUCCCUCAACCCACUCCAGAUGGGGACUCUGGGGCCACCACAGCAGAGUCUGGGGCCACCCCAGCUGGAUCUGGGGCCACCACGGCGGGGCCUGGGGCCACCAUGCAGGACUACAGGACCACCACAGAGGGGACCGGGACCACCAUGAAGAGGAACCGGGCCAGCACGGGGGUGCCUCAAUCCACCCCUGCUGGGGACUCUGGGGCCACCAUGGAGGGGUCUGGGGCCACCACAGCUGGAUCUGGAGCCACCAUAGGGGACUCUGGGACCACCACAGAGGGGACCAAGACCACCAUGAAGAGGAACCGGGCCACUACGGGGGUCCCUCAACCCACUCCAGAUGGGGACUCUGGGGCCACCACGGCGGGAUCUGAUGCCACCACAGCUGGAUCCGGUGCCACCAGGCGGUGGUGGGGGGUGGCAGCGGGCCGGGCUCGCUCGGUUCUCUCCCGGUUCCGCUCGGCUCUGUCCCGGUUCCGCCGCCGCUGGGACGCUCUGGCCACGGCCUGGGCCCUGGCUCUGCUCUUCGGGCUGCCCCAGGUCGGCAUCUUCGGGCAGCGCGAGGUGGGCCCGGGCGAGAGCGACUGCUGGGCGGCGUUCGCGCAGCCCUGGGGAGCCCGCGCCUAUGUCACCUGGGUGGCGCUGGCCGUGCUGGUGGCACCGGCCGUGCUGCUCGGGGUGCUGCUGGUGGCCGUGGCCCGGGCGCUCCGAGGCUCCCCCGGCGGUCCCGGCGGGCUCGGCCGGGCCCGCGCCAAGAGCCACCGCAUGGCCGUGGUGGUGCUGGGAGUGUUCGUGCUCUGCUGGACCCCAUUCUUCUGUGCCCAGCUCUGGGCCGUGUGGGACCCCCGGGCGCCCCGGGAAGGGCCCGCGUUCACCAUCCUGAUGCUCCUGGCCAGCCUGACCAGCUGCACCAACCCCUGGAUCUCGGCCGCCUUCAGCACCAGCCUGGCCCGGGCCAUGGGCAGGCUCCUGUGUCCCUGCCGCCACCGCCAUGGGGACACCGGGUGACAUUGGUGACACCGGGUGACACAGGGCCAUGGCCCGGCUGCUAUGUCCCUGUUGCCACUGUGGGGACACAGGGUGACACUGAGUGACAUCGGUGACACCGAGUGACACAGGGCCAUGGCCUGGCUGCUGUGUCCCUGCUGCCAUCAUGGGGACACCGGGUGACAUCGGUGACACCGGGUGACACAGGGUGACACAGGGCCAUGGCCCGGCUGCUGUGUCCCUGCUGUCACCAGUGCCGUGACACCAGGUGACGCUGGGUCACAUGGGGUGACAUGAGGUGACACAGGGUGACACAGGAUGACACAGGGUGACACAGGGUGACAGGGCCAUGGCCCAUGGCCUGUGUCCCUGCUGCUGCUGCUGCUCAGGUCACACGGGGUGACAGGGGUGACACAGUGUGACACGAGGUGACACAAAGGCCUGAACGAGGAUGGGGCUCACACUGGUGACUUGUGUGACACGAGGACACGCAAGAGACGCACAG